AUGCAAAUAUUUGUUAAGACGCUGACCGGAAAGACUAUCACUCUUAAGGUGAAGGGUUCGGAUACCAUAGACAAUGUCAAGGCGAAGAUUCAAGAUAAAGAAGGAAUCCCUCCUGACCAGCAGAGGCUUAUUUUUGCUGGAAAGCAGCUAGAGGAUGGUAGGACCCUUGCUGAUUAUAGCAUCCAGAAGGAAUCCACCUUGCAUCUUGUUCUCCGUUUGCGAGGUGGUAUGCAGAUCUUUGUUAAGACCUUGACUGGCAAGACCAUCACUCUUGAUGUGGAGAGCUCUGAUACCAUAGACAAUGUGUUAUGUGUUUUUGUUUGGCUCUGUCCUGGGGUUUUCUAG